AUGAACCACAGACAAAGCGGCCUGCACAGAUUGGCCGCUCGCAUAUGUGGUCUUGAUUUCAAGAUCAACAUCGAGUCAGAUGCCAUUGAUCAUAUUCGUCGUGUCUAUAUCAACCCUUCCCAUGCAGUAUUCAACCUCAUACCGCUCACUCUCGGUCAUCACCUUACUUCUUGCUACACCCACUUAGGGUGUCCUGUCAUCACUCGCGACUCCGCAUGGAGAGUUUACUUGGAUUUGCUCAAUGCUAUCCAGCUCAGUGAUGAUUUACCAGCUGAAAUCAUCACUGCUACGCACGACGAUGAAUUACCUUUGCUUGAUAAUCACGAAGACUUGCCAUUCCAGGACGAUGACAAUAGUUCUUAUUACAUGGGAGGUGUCCGUGGGGGGCGUGGUUUAGAUGUCUCUCAUCACACACAGCUGGACGCUUUACUGGCCGAUGACAAACCUGAUGUCCAACACGCUGAUGCAGCUUCCGAUGACGACUUCAACGGCUUAAUUGUUUGGGAGUUCACAGACGAUGAAGGGGAUGAUAGUGGUGACGAGUGGUAAUCUAGACUUUUUUCUUGUGUAUUGAACUCAGUAAUGUCAUAUACAUAUUGAGAUGAACAGAACAAAAAGCCAGACAGCC